GCCCGAGCUGUCAGACAACUGUCAAAAUUUUCAUCAACUUCCGGCUCCGAACUGUCGACUUUCCUUUCGCUCUUUUUCCGUCAGAUAGCUGCGGCUGUUGAAACACAUUUCGUAAAGUUUGCGAAAAAUUUAAUAACAUGUCGGAUGUCGAAGUCGAAGCCCCUGUCGCUCCCGUCGACGGAACGAUGGAUGUCAACACAGCGCUGCAAGAAGUGCUGAAGAAGUCCUUGAUUGCCGAUGGACUGGUCCAUGGUAUUCACGAAGCCUGCAAGGCUCUGGACAAGCGUCAAGCUGUUCUCUGCAUCCUGGCCGAAAGCUGCGACGAGCCCCAGUACAAGAAACUCAUCACGGCUCUGUGCAAUGAGCACCAGAUUCCAUUGAUCCGUGUCGAUUCCAACAAGAAGCUGGGAGAAUGGUCCGGUCUGUGCAAGAUCGACAAGGAAGGCAAACCCCGCAAGAUCAGCGGAGCUUCCUGCGUAGUGUUGAAGGCCUAUGGUGAGGAGACCCCAGCCCAUGAUGUCAUCCGGGAGCACCUCAAGCAGCUGAGGCAAUCGAGCUAAACAAAAUAUGAGGGA